AUGCAUCAGUCUGCGCUGUAUGAUUUUGGGGAUCUGUUCUUGAAGAACCAAACUCGGCCAGUGCAGUCGAUGAACAGCGCACUAAACGGCGCCUUGAGCGCAGUAGGCGCGAACGGUGCUACAGCAGGGACGGCGUGGGAACACCCGGCGCUAGCUCGCGCAACCUCGGUGCCACACCGCGCGCUCGCGGGGCUCCUCGACCGCCUCAGCCACCGACGCCUGGAGCGCACCACCAGCGAGCCCGCUCCGCCGCCCGCGACCAGCCGCUACAAGACCGAACUGUGCCGUCCUUUCGAGGAGGCCGGCGUGUGCAAGUACGGCGACAAGUGCCAAUUCGCGCACGGCGUCCGCGAGCUACGCAACCUUCAGCGCCACCCCAAGUACAAAACGGAGCUGUGCCGCACAUACCACUCGGUUGGUUUCUGCCCUUACGGGCCACGGUGCCACUUCGUCCACAAUGCAGAGGAGGCGCGGCGUCGUGAGCCCCCAUCGCCAGGUGGCUCGCUCGCAUCACUGUCGUCGGGCGGCUCGAUCACGUCGUACAUGAGCGACGGUUCACGUUCUCCACGCUCGCCUCACUCUCCUCAGUCGCCGCACUCGCCUCACUCGCCUCAUUCGCCACCCGCGCUAUCCCCCGCCCACGCCGGCGCAUUCGCGUUCCGCCACACGCACUCGCCUGACCCGGACGACGAGAGGCUGCCCGUCUUCAACCGCCUCUCGUCCGCGUUCGGCGACCUUAUCAUCGCCUAG